AUGAUUUAUCAAAAAUUCUUUGUGGCUUUGUUACAUUGGGAAUUUAUUUAUAUGACAACUGCAUUUACCGUGACAUAUCCAGUUACUCCUUGGAAAUUUAAGUUGUCUUGCAUACCACCAAAUACAACUUAUGGCUUUCUUUUUCCUGCUGGAAUCUCAGAGAACAGUUCAAGUUUGAAUGGAUGUUAUGAGGCACUUGUUGAAGCUAAAUAUAAUUCAUGUAGUACCUACUUUUCUAACUUAUCAUUGAAAACAACUUGCCACUGUUGUUUUUGGAAUGAGCAAGAUAAAAACUGCUGUAUACGUGCAGACAACGCUGAAGGGAAAACAUUUGUUUCAACAGUAAAUUCUUCAGUUAUUCAACAAAUAGGUGCAAACUGGAACAUACAGUGCUGGGUGAAAGGGGACCUGAAGUUAUUCAUUUGUCACAUGGAAUCAUUCAAGAAUCCCAAGAAUUAUGACUUUAAGGUCAAUCUUUUAUAUAUUCUGUCUGAAGACUUAGAAUAUUCAUCACUGAUCCCCGAGAAAGGCAGUUUUCAGAUUGCUCAGUGCAAUUGCACUGUUCACGAAUGUUGUGAAUGUCAUAUGCCUGUGCCCACAGCCAAACUCAACUACACUCUUCUUAUGUACUUGGAAAUUACAUCUGGAAGAGUAAUUUUUCAGUCACCUCUAAUGUCAGUUCAACCCAUAAAUGUUGUGAAGCUGGAUCCACCAUUAGGUUUGCACAUGGAAAUCACAGACGGUGGUGAUUUAAAGAUUUCUUGGUCCAGCCCAACGUUGGUACCAUUUCAACUUCAAUAUCAAGUGAAAUAUUCAGAGAAUUCUACAACAAAAGUAAGAGAAGUUGCUGAAAUUGUCUUAUCUACGUCCCUGCUAGUAGACAGUGUGCUUCCUGGGUCUUCAUAUGAGGUUCAGGUACGGGGCAAGAGACUGGAUGGCCCAGGGAUCUGGAGUGACUGGAGCUCCCCUUAUAUCUUUACCACACAAGAUGUCAUAUACUUUCCACCUAAAAUUCUGACAAGUGUUGGUUCUAAUGUUUCUUUUCACUGCAUUUAUAAAAAUGAAAACACAAUUGUUUCCUCAAAAAAGAUUGUUUGGUGGAUGAAUUUAGCUGAGAAAAUUCCUCAAAGCCAGUAUAAUGUUAUGAGUGACCAUGUUAGCAAAGUUAUUCUUCCCAACCUGAAUGCAACCAAACCUCGAGGGAAGUUCGCAUAUAAUGCGGUGUACUGCUGCAACGAACAUGAGUGCCACCAUCGCUAUGCUGAGUUGUAUGUGAUUGAUGUCAAUAUCGAUAUAUCAUGUGAAACUGAUGGGUACUUAACUAAAAUGACUUGCAGAUGGUCAACCAAUCCAAUCCAAUCACUUGUGGGAAGUACUUUGCAGUUGAGAUAUCAUAGGAGCAGCCUUUACUGUUCUGAUAGUCCAUCUAUUCAUCCAGUAUCUGAACCCAAAGAUUGCCAUUUGAAGAAUGAUGGCUUUUAUGAAUGCAUAUUUCAGCCAAUCUUUCUAUUAUCUGGCUAUACGAUGUGGAUUAGGAUCAAUCACUCUUUAGGUUCACUCGACUCUCCACCAACAUGUGUUAUUCCUGAUUCUGUGGUGAAACCACUGCCUCCAUCUAGUGUGAAAGCAGAAAUUACUGUAAAUGUUGGAUUAUUGAAAAUAUCCUGGGAAAAGCCAGUCUUUCCAGAGAAUAAUCUUCAGUUCCAGAUUCGUUAUGGCUUAAGUGGAAAGAAAGUACAAUGGAAGACGUAUGAGGUUUAUGAUGCAAAAUCAAAAUCCUCCAGUCUGGCAGUGUCAGACCUGUGUGCCAUCUAUGUCGCUCAGGUGCGCUGUAAGAGGUUGGAUGGACUGGGAUAUUGGAGUAAUUGGAGUAAUCCAGCCUACACAGUUGUCAUGGAUAUUAAAGUUCCUAUCAGGGGGCCUGAAUUUUGGCAAGUAAUCAGUGAAGAUCCUACCAAGAAAGAGAGAAAUGUCACCUUACUUUGGAAGCCCCUGAUGAAGCAUGACUCAUUGUGCAGCGUGAGAAGAUAUGUGGUAAAGCAUCAGACUUCCUGCAAUGGCACAUGGUCAGAAGAUGUGGGAAAUCACACUAUGUUCACUUUCCAGUGGACAGAGCAAGCACACACUGUUACAAUUCUGGCCAUCAAUUCAAUUGGUGCUUCUAUUGUGAAUUUUAAUUUAACAUUCUCGUGGGCCAUGAGCAAAGUUAAUAUUGUGCAGUCACUGAGUGCUUAUCCUUUAAACAGCAGUUGUGUGAUUCUUUCCUGGAUGCUAUCACCCAGUGAUUACAAUCUAAAGUAUUUUAUUAUUGAAUGGAAAAAUCUUAAUGAAGACAAUGAAAUGAAAUGGAUCAGAAUCCCUUCAUCUGUUAAGAAGUAUUAUAUCCAUGAUCAUUUCAUCCCCAUUGAGAAAUAUCAGUUCAGUCUUUACCCAAUAUUUUUGGAAGGAGUGGGAAAACCGAAAAUAAUUAAUAGUUUCACCCAAGAUGUUAUUGAAAAACACCAGAAUGAUGCAGGUCUAUAUGUAAUUGUGCCGAUAAUUAUUUCCUCUUCAGUCUUACUGUUUGGAACAUUGUUAAUAUCCCAUCAAAGAAUGAAGAAGCUGUUUUGGGAUGAUGUUCCAAACCCUAAGAAUUGUUCCUGGGCACAAGGACUUAAUUUUCAGAAGGUCCCACUUUCAAAUUGUUUUAACCCAAAAUAUAUAAGAUUGCAUUUUAGAUGGCAUAUGACUUCUAAAGUUUAAAAGUUAUUAUUUCAAUUCACUCUAAUUUGAAUCUGUUUAAUAUAUUAUCAAUUUUCAAGAAUAGCAGGAUGCUGGGAUUUGAAA